GUCAGUCAGCCCACUGUAGCUUGUUGUUUUCUUGUUAGCAGAAAACAGUCUGCCUUUCGAUAGAAGCUACCAUUUCCGAAUAACUGUAUCGUAAUCAGACAACAGGUAGUCAGAAUUAUCAACGCAUAAAAGUAAUCGAGCUAUGUGUCUCGUGCGCAUGGGAAACUUAGAAGAGAACCUAGCUACUGGUUGAACACUAGCUAGCAUGCUAAUCUCAAUGAAUGCGGACAGAGGAAAUUGUUCAUAGUUUUCAGAAUGACAAAUCAGCAGUUCACGACACUGGCUUACACGAAAAGCCCGAAAACAUCGAGGAGGACAACAUUCCAGGAUGAACUUCAGGCUGCUGUGUCUGCCAGGGCUAGCAAAACCGAAACAGACCAAUACUCCUACUCUGAUGACUUUAAUGAAGAUGAGGAUGAUUUUUUAAAUCAACUCCUCAAAUCAAGAAAAGAGAGGGCUAGGGCUUUUAAGGCUGGGAAGAGUAAAUCCAAAAUCAACACCUUCGAGGUUUCAGACGAUGAGGACAAACACGGCAGGACAAAGAGAGUUUCAUUUCUGAAAUCCAAAAGAAUUGACACUCCCUUGGAAGUAACAACGGCACCAGAGUUGGGAGAAAACGAUCCGUCCGACACUUCCGACAGUCGACAUAACAAUUAUAAUGACUCAUUAUCCACCCAGCGCUCAACAAACGUUAGUGAAGAUAACAUAAACUAUAAAAGCAGUUAUGGGGAGACUGCUGAUCCACAAAUCACGAAACAGAGCUCAGUAAAAUCUCUGUCGUUCCAAACAUCAGAUGACACUCUACCGGACAUGCUAUUGCCCUUACCAUCUGACAACAGUGUGAUUGAAACUCCAGUUCCCGAUGAGAACAGCAACUUGGAAGAAAGCUACCAGCGUGCGCAGUUAUCAGCAAAUAACCUGACACACGUGUCAACAGCAGAUACAGAGAGGGAGCCACCCAAACCUAAACCGAGGCAAAGGACUCUCGGAUUGAGCCUCCACCCUAAGGAGAAAAUAGCUGAAAGUGGUGAUUCUCAGGAAGUAAGCAGGCCCCAGACUUCUUCUGGAUCCAUUCCCCUCUCCACUGACACAUCCAGCAACAACACUUGGACAAAAGGAGAUAGCGCACUUUCACGCAGCUUCAGCAAAUCUUUUUCAAGUAAGAGUGAACAGUCACAGCUCUCUUCAAAGUCCACUAUUGAUUCUGGAUCCCGAGAUGACUUUAUUUCUGAUGACAGCAAAGAGCAGGAGAGCAAGUACUCCACAUCAUUUGAAGAGUUCAAUGCAGGAUCGGGAGAUGCCUCACAUCAAACUUCUCAUGUCCAUGAAAAAUCAUUUGAUACCAGGACACCAAGUUCUCUUUCAAAGACUACUCAGAGAUCUCAGAGUGCCUGCUCCAGAAAUGUGGAAUCAAAAUAUUUGGGAUCGCUCAAACUUCUGGAUCGUAAAGUCUCACUCCAGGAGUCUCAGCCUCAAACAGCAGAUUCCAUCCGAGCUGCCAUUUACCAGGAAUGGCUUGAAAAGAAAAAAGAAAAGUCAAGAGAGAACAUGCAGCAAAAGAAGCAAGAGGACAUCCUUAAAGAGAAAAAGAAAAGGGAAGAAGAGGCUAAAAAGGGAGAUGCUGUAGCAUCAUAUGAGGCUUGGAAAAAACAGAAAGCACAAAGUCUCAAAGCAAAAUCCAAAGAAAAGGAAGAUGCGAUCAUGAGAGAGCAAAGAGAGCUUGAAGGAAAACAAGAAAAAAUGCAAUCUGCUAAACAGGUGUUUGAACAAUGGAAACUCGAACAUGAUCAUCUCCUCAAAGAAAAGUCCAGAAAACAAAGAGAAGCUGAAAGUAGACUUCAGUUUGGAAAACAAGAAAAGGAGAAAGAAAGGAAAAAUGACAGCAAAUCUGCCGUUUCUGGUUGGAAUGAUAAGAAGAAAGAUGUUAUCCAUGAAAUAGUGACAAUGAAGCGUAAAGAAAUACAAAAUAAAGCAGAGGAGGAACGCUACAUGAAAGAAGAGAGAGAUAAAAUGGCUUUAGAGAUGUAUGAAAGCUGGCUGGUACGGAAAGAUCUGGAACAGAAGAGACAAAAAGAAGAAAGACGAAUACAAACGAUUCUCCGAGAUAGCCCACCUCCUCCAUGGAGCCCUCCAAAUAAAACCGUACCAUUUCGAAAAUAAUAUUUUAAUUGAAUAUAACCCCCUUCAAAUAUCUGUCGCUUCUAAGAUACCUUUUUCAUUGUACGUGUUGUACUGUUAGUUGUGUUUUAACAAUUGUUGAUGGUAACAGUUAAAUUAUACAUUAGCCAGCAGCUCUAGUGUAAGUUUAAUUGUAAUAUGUUUUAUAUGUUGCAUUAUGUUUUGAAAGUCGUUUUUCUGUGACAUGGUGACAUGUCAAAACCAAAGGAAACUAGCAAUACAAAUAAACUAUAUAUCUAUGUUAGCAUGUUAUACAAAUUCAUUUGAAGCAGCAAUAGGAAAACUAUGACUAUAUAAGGCUAACAUAAUUUGUCUGAACAACCUUCUAUUGUUCAUGGUUGAACUGCUGUUGAUGAGUUGUUUUCUUUAAACUACAAGACCCAACAACAUCACACAAUCUUAGAAACAGAUCUCUUUAUCAUUCAGUGCUUAUUUUAUGUUAAACAUGAUUCAUUUGUUGUAUUUGUGUUUUUUCUCACUGGUUUUUUUAUUCCUU